AUGUUCAAACAGUCCAUACGAAGGUUGGCCACUGAAGCUACAGUAAAGCUGCAACAGGCUUCAGUUACAUCGACAACCACCCCAUUACAUACCGCACAACCCCCAAAAUACACGCUUGCUCAGUUACGUACAUUCCCCAAUCUACAACCAACAACGUUCAUCCCUCUACCUACAUCCUUCUUCAACACUCACUCGCCAAUAAGACGAGACUUGUUAUGGAGUGCUGCUGUAUUUGAAGCAGAUCGUGCACGUGUUGGAUCCAACUAUGUCACAUUGAAAGCGGACUCUCCAUAUUCAAAUCGUAAAUUGCGUCCACAAAAGGGAUCAGGUAGGGCACGUUUAGGUGAUGCCAAUUCGCCUCAUAUGGAUAAUGAAAUCAAAGCGCAUGCAAUUAAAGGCCCACAUGAUUGGAGCACUGAUUUGCCAUCUAAGAUGUAUGCGAAAGCGGUUCAAACGGCAUUGACUACACAGUACAAGCUGGGAAACUUGUUUGUUAUUGAAAAUGAGUGUGAUUUUGGACAAGCAAGUGUUGAAGUAACGCAGAGUUUUGUUUCAAGUCAUAAAUUGAACCAAUUGAAUAUAUUGUUCAUUACGGAGGAGAAUAGAGAUAGGUUGACAUCAAGUUUAAAUCGAUUUUUCUUAAACGAGAAGGAAUUGAAGAAAAUGAAUAGACGCGAAAGAGCUAAAGCAGUUGCCAAAGUCAAAGGUAAAGUUAUCAAGAAGGACGAUGUUGAAGUUAGGGACAUUUUGAAAGCUAAUCGUGUUUUCGUGGAAUUGCCAGCUUUGCAAUGGCUUAUUGGUAAAUAUAGCGUAUGA